AUGGAUGUGCAGAGGAUCUAUUCGUCCUCUUCAGGGGGAAAAGUGUGCGGCUCUAGUUCCCAGAAAGGCUUCAUUUCAAAUGGCUGCACCUACUUGAAGUAUUUUUUUCCUUCUCUACUUACAGGGUCCAUUGCAAGAUGCUCCUAUAUCAAGUACCACUACUCCUCGGCCACAAUACCCAAGAAUCUCUCUUACAACAUCACCAAGACCAUACGUCAGGAUGAGUGGCACUCUCUGCAUCUGCGGAGGAUGACAGCAGGAUUUAUGGGAAUGGCGGUGGCCAUCAUCCUCUUCGGCUGGAUUGUUGGGAUGCUGGGAUGCUGCUGGGACCGUGGCCUCAUGCAGUAUGUGGCAGGUCUGCUGUUCCUCAUGGGAGGCACAUUUUGCAUCAUUUCCUUGUGCACCUGUGUAGCAGGCAUCAAUUUCGAACUGUCCCGUUACCCUCGCUACAUGUACGGCCUCCCAGACGACAUCAGUCACGGAUACGGCUGGUCAAUGUUCUGCGCCUGGGGUGGUUUGGGCCUCUCCCUCAUCGCCGGCUUCUUCUGCACGCUGGCGCCCUCCAUACAGCCGAUCCCUCGCUCCACGUGCCCGAAAUCCCGCCAAGAAAACGGCACAGUGUGUUAAGGGACGGCCUGUAAAAAUCCCCAAGCCCUACAUGUGCAGCUGGACAAUGGGGGACAAAAUACACACAAAAAAGACCAUAACUGAAGAUUAAAAUCAUGUGCAUUUAGAAUCAUUUCUAAUCUCACCAACCAGGCCAUUUUUUAACCUUGUGUGUGAAUCUACAACUGAGUGUCCUGAUCAUUUAAAAAGAGAAAAAAACAAAAAAACACAAAAACAAAUAAUAAUAAGAUAAUAUCAGUGGGACUUUCCGUCGUCAAGAUCCUGCACAGGAAAACGUUUGUUCUGUCAAAGUUGUGACUUUCGUGAGCACAAGAAAACGGUGACGAAUGAAGCAAAAAAACAAACAGUAUUGCUCAUUCCGAUGCCGCAAGAAUGGAUAUUGACAUGUAGGCCGACACCUAAAAACUGCCAAACCUGGAGACUACUGUAUUUGUAUCUGGACGGCACCAUGUGCAAGUAUGGAGGUCCAGUGCCAAGGUCUGUCCAGACUAAUCACGAGCUCCAGGACCAAGUUUCUUUCACAUGAGGGGACAACAACUUUGAUGCAGUUUGGAUCUCUUGUGUCUAAACCCGUCGAUUGGUCUCGGACUCUUGGGAUGUGGCUAAAGGAUCCACUCGUGCAUAAAUGAGGAAGACUUCAGGAAUUGGAGAUGCCUGCUCAUGACGUUAUGUUGCUAUUGCUGUACAGCAAAUUGUAAAGAGAAAAAUAAUACCUAUAAUAUUCCAGAAGAGAAAAAAAAAAUCCUAACAGGAAAGAAAUUUUUUGGAGCAUUUUCCAUGUUUCAUUUCUUAUUCAUGUCCAUAUGGUAUCAGCGGACAUUUCUAACAUGCUCUCGGUUUUAUUAUGUGCUUCUUUCUUUGUUUUUUAGUAAUUACGGUCAUCAUCAGUUUGAAUGAGUGUGUAGGAAGUGUGCAAAUUCUUUAGCUACUAUCAAUAUAGUAUGUGUGUGAGAGUGUUUUGCGGUCUCCAUACAAAAAAAGGACAAAAAAAAGGUAACAUAAAAAAAAAAGCAUAAAAUCAAAAACCUGCCUUGGGGGAAAUCAGGUAGGCUUUUGCUCAACCAAGAAUUACUGGAAAGGAAAGAUUCCAUAUCCUGUUUUAGACAGCCGACCACUUUGUCCCUGUAGACACGACUGACGUAGUACGCAGAGAAACAGAAAGACAACUCAACAUCACACUGAUACUGCCUUAAGCUUUUCUGGAAGGAGGCAUUUAUGCCAUUUGAUGGGAACGCAUGCUGACUUCUCUUCUGAAAGCAUCCAUGCGCUGACAAAAGAAAUCCUCAUUUGAAUCCAACUUCCUGCUCUGUUUAACCAUGCGUCUAUUUACUUAAAGGGAACUCCCAAAACAGGACGUGAUAUGUAAGUGCCUCCUGAUUACAUGAGACAGCAGUGGUGCACAAAAGAGGUACAUCUGUGGAAUCGUGACCUCGACAUGGAGGACAGGUGGCAAGCACAAGCUCAAUACAAUCUCUCAAGCUGUUUGCAUUAUUUCUCUGCUCACACAUUCGUUUUCAAAAUCUGAAACAUUUUAUUAUCCAUUUCACAUUCUAUAAACAACAUAAACAAUCACUUGAGCAGCCAUAAAACAGCGCACUACAAUGGGACACACGCAUUGAGGGUCAUUGGCGAAUCGGCACACUCAAUCAUGCCAAAAACCUACGCUAGGAGAUUUAGCUUUGUCGCAAGACAAUGUUUACAGAUUUCUAGAAGGGAGAUUUGCCAAAAAA